UUUCCUCCUCUCUCUACGUGCUUUCGGAGAAAAUUCGAGGAAAUAUACAUUUGUUCGAGAAUUCGCAAUAUCCGAACCUGUUCCUCUUCAUCUUAGUUUCUGAGGAACCAAACAGAGGUAGGGUUGUUUCAAAAGGAGAGACCGAUGUCGGCGGAAAUACAGUUAGGCCCACCUGGAGCAGCGCAAAACCCUAGCGACUCUGAUCCCCUGCUAGAGCAUCAGUCCGAUUCAUCCUCACCAUCGAGUUCGACUGAGAUUCGAACUGAAGAUGUUGAGAACGGUUCUGCUCCUUGCUGUCGCAUUUGCCUCGAGUGCGAUGGUGAAGAAGAUGAUGAACUGAUAUCUCCAUGCAUGUGCAAAGGCACCCAGCAGUUUGUUCAUCGUUCAUGCCUUGAUCACUGGCGCUCAGUUAAGGAAGGAUUUGCUUUCUCACAUUGCACAACUUGCAAGGCCCAAUUCCAUCUUCGAGUUGAAUUGCUUGAGGACAAUUCUUGGCGUAAAAUAAAAUUCAGACUUUUUGUAGCAAGAGAUGUAAUCCUUGUGUUCUUGGCUGUACAAACUGUAAUUGCUGCUAUAGGAGGCUUUGCAUACAUCAUGGACAAGGAUGGAGCUUUCCGGAAAUCAUUCAGUGAUAGCUGGGAUCGUGUACUGUCAAAACAUCCUAUACCAUUUUAUUAUUGCAUUGGCGUACUGGCCUUUUUCGUGUUGCUUGGAUUUUUUGGGCUUAUUUUACACUGCUCCUCUCUCAAUAGCAAUGACCCACGGAUGGCUGGCUGCCAGAAUUGCUGUUAUGGGUGGGGCAUCUUGGACUGUUUUCCUGCCUCUAUGGAGGCAUGUUUUGCCCUAGUUGUUGUCUUUGUUGUCAUCUUUGCCAUUCUUGGCGUUGCUUAUGGUUUCCUUGCUGCCACAAUGUUAAUUCAGAGAAUUUGGCAGAAACACUAUCACAUCCUUACAAAGAGGGAGCUUACUAAGGAAUACAUAGUGGAAGACCUCCAUGGCUGUUAUACACCACCAAAACUGGAUCCUGAACAUGAACGACGCUUGAAAAUGAUGAAGCUAUUGUAAAGAUCGAUGGAAAGAUGAAGUUAUUGGAUGAAUCUCACUCUUUUAAAUUAUUCAGGAUAUAAAAGAUGAAUGUCAAUUUGAUCAGGAACUGUUUUAAUAGGGUGAGGGAAAAAAGGAAGCCAACAUUUUUCCAGAUACUAGAAUGUGAAACUAAUCCAUGAAUCUGACUAAAACCUGGGUACAUCUGUGCCACUUAUGUGUAAUUAUCAUUUCAUGCCUUCAUAUUAAUAAACUGCUCGGUAACUGUCAAGUCAAUGAAAGCUAGAAACCAUGAUUGUCCCUCUCUAUGGAUCAAUAUGGAAUUUGGCCUCUCAAUGGGUUAGGCCACCCUUAUGAAUCAUUUAACAUUUUGGUACCUAAUCAAAAAUUGCGUUCCUAGGAUUUGAAGAUGAAAAGCUUUUCUCAAGACUAUUGUGCUGAGAGUGAACCAUGAAGAAUGAACUAAUCGUUUGUUC